AUGCCGAUAAACAAAUCAACCAUAAGAGAAUAUAAGUUAGUAGUUGUUGGUGGUGGUGGCGUUGGUAAAUCCGCUUUAACCAUUCAAUUGAUUCAGUCGUACUUCGUGGACGAGUAUGACCCAACAAUCGAAGACUCUUACAGAAAACAAGUUGUCAUCGACGAUAAGGUGUCCAUCUUGGAUAUUUUGGAUACUGCUGGCCAAGAAGAGUACUCGGCCAUGAGAGAACAGUACAUGAGAACCGGUGAAGGUUUUUUGUUGGUUUACUCUGUGACUUCUAGAAAUUCCUUUGAUGAGUUAUUGUCUUACUACCAGCAAAUUCAAAGGGUCAAGGAUUCUGACUACAUUCCCGUGGUCGUGGUUGGUAACAAGUUGGACCUUGAAAAUGAAAGACAAGUUUCUUAUGAAGAUGGGUUACGUUUGGCUAAACAAUUGAACGCACCUUUCCUUGAAACUUCUGCUAAACAGGCCAUCAAUGUAGACGAGGCAUUCUACGGUCUCAUUCGUUUGGUGAGGGACGAUGGUGGGAAAUAUAAUAGCACUAAUGACCAACCGGAUAGUUCUGCUAAUGCAAAAAAUGCGAGAAACCCUAAUGCUACUUCAUCUCAAACCCAGAAUGGAAGCAACGUUAAUCGCGGGACUUAUGGCCCUGGUAGUGUAUUGACAAAUGGUGACACCAACUCUAGUCCUAAUUCAAAUCUUGAACAUAAUGUUGAGACUUCUAGAAGAGCUGAUGAAAAAAAUAAUAGUAACAACAACAAUAAUAAUAAUAAUGAUGAUGACAAUGAUAAUUAUGAUGCAAGUAGCGACAAUGAGGAUAGAAAUGGAAAUAAUGGUGGUAAUGGUGAUAAUGCGCCAAAAGCAAGAACAAAACAAUCUACUGUACCACAAAAAAAUGCAAGUUCAACCACGAAAAAGGAAUCCAGUGGCGGUUGUUGUACAAUUUGUUAA